CCAUCUGUCGAGUGGAGAUAGACUCGCGAUCGUCCCACCGUCAGUGGAUUCAUCUGCCGCAGACCCGCCACCGCCAGGGUAGAAUAUUGGAAACUCUGCCUCAAGACGUAUGCCGUAAGGGCUUGCUAGACAUUAGGAAAAGCUUCCGAGGUUAUCUGAGCCAGUUCUGUACUAUGCCCCCGCCCAGAUCGCACAAUAAUACUGCGCCUGCGUCCGUCCACCAGCUGGGCUCACCCGUUCCAAAUUCAGCAGCAGUUCGUCCCAGUCGCGCAGAAGAUGGAGACGUCCACGACGCCAAUGUGAAUUUCCUGCGGACUAAUGUACGCUCGCCUCGUGACUCCUCUUUGGGCCGACAGAGUUACCGACCACAGAGAUCUCUGGCAAACAAUGAAGACGAUCGCAUGGAUUUGGACGAUCCCUGGGGAAUGGGCAUGACUACCGGGACGAGUAGCCGUAUUCACUGGGUCAAUCGCCAGCGGGACGAGUUGAGCAGCUUACCGAAUUACGAAGGCCGUCUUCCUGAUUUAUCGUCUCUCUACGGCUGGGCACCUUCACCUGGCGACGAUGACCUGGCAGUUGAGCUUCUCCAGGAAUGGUUUAGGAGCGACACGGAAUCUACGCGCAGUGGGACUCUACGACGUGAUGCUAGACGCGAUGCUAGCAAUCGAAUUUCCCAACAGCGGCCUACAGAUGACAGCUAUAGCCACCGCAUGAACGACGGUUUUAUCCCAAACGAAAUCUUACUGCAGUCUAUGAGGCGUCCCGUGAGAUUCUCCAGAACGCGCACGCUCCACAACUACCUCCUUGAACGGGAUCGGGAACGGGACAGGGAAUCUGAGGACAGAGACCGUCCUGCAGCGGCAACUUCGAGGGCAUAUCGAUAUCUGCCGGCUAGCCGAAGUGAAUCUCGCGUCUCCAGUCACAGUGAUCUGAGGUCCCGGAUAAACGCCCAUCGACGAUCCUUCCUCGAUCAUCCCCCAAGCCCACGUCUAAAGGAGACGAUCAAAUACCUCGAGCGCCUGCGCUAUUCGACUACAUACGAAGAGAGCCUCACGGCGGCCACCAGUGGAUUUAUUCAAUUGGAUUAUCUUGCUUGCAAUCAGGAUGAUUUCGUUCUGGAUACGGCCUCGAUAGCGCCUCCCACUGAAUGUUCCUGGCUCCGGCCUGGGAUAGUGUUUUCCGGGUCGCAACGCGCAGCUCGCAGCGGGCAUCCGAUGUAUUUGCAUCGUCCACCCUCUUCCAACGAACCAGUGAUUGUCAAUGGCGGCGAGACGGGUCGAGUACAAGUACGUAUCUCUCCUGGACGCCGACACUUACCGCAGAAUCUUUACCGUCUUGGAGAUAACAAGGAAGAAAAUUGGCCGGUCAAGGUCACCAUUCACAGUGUCAACUACGAUGACAUGACUCUUUCCGGGACAAUGGAGGCGUGCAACAUCCCCGAUAAGACAUCGUCUACUCCAGGCACUCAUAUCAUUACGUUCCUCGAGGGCGAAAUAAUCGAUUUUAACAGAUUCACACUGGAGACUGGCAAGUUCCGGGCCGAUGCCGAGACGGACAGCACUUAUUGGCGAGAGCUUCAGCCUUUCAGGGACCUGACGGACGACGAAAUUGUUAAGAGUCUGGUGAGUAAAAGGUGGAUCGCAGAAGAAUUGUCCAAGCGGUGGCUCCUCAUGCGCUGGAAAGAAAAAUGCUUCGUCACGCCACCGAGAGACUCCCAGUCUCGCCAGAUCCUCACAAUCUCCGGGUUUUAUUACAUCUGUCUCAACCGGGACAAUGGCCACAUCGAUGGUCUCUAUUAUGAUCCUGGCAGCUCGCCGUAUCAGCAGCUAUCACUGGAUCCUCAGACUCCAAAGAUGGUAUGCCCGUCUUACAAGUUUCGGUAGGCCGCUGUGCGGUUUCACCGACAAUCACCUGCGGAAUCCAAAAACAAUGGAUGCGUCUUUUAAAUCUGGCCAUUUGACGGACGCGAUGCGAUGAUCCUGAUCUGUUGA